AUGCUAUACAAAAAUAUACAACAACAGCAGAGCAUUACACCUCCACAGACAAAUCAAUUCAAGAAUCAACAAACCGAUGAAUACGAGGAAAGAGGUAGAGCUAAAGGUAAGGAUACAGUAUGUCAGUCUACGAAUACACAAUUGCCCUCAACACAGGACCAAACAGUGCUAAAAUAUCAAUCUCAAGGUCCGAUGCGUUCUAGAUCAACAAAUGAUACAAGUGUAUUAGCAAACCGAAGAAAAGCAAUAAACAAAAGAACUGGAUCGGAGCAACUACUACUAACAGCAAUUAAUCAGAACCAUCAGUCAAAAUCCAAAUUAACAAGAUCAAUAUCGUCACAAGGAGUCAAUACACUUCAACAACAACAACAACAACAACAUCUUCAUCAUUAUCAUCGCACACCACAACUUCCUCUUCAAAGCAAGAAAAAUAUACCUAUGGUGAAUAACGAACUACCCCCACCAAACCAGGCUCGUCCACAAUUUAGACGCUGGAAUCUGUAUAAUGUCCCGAAAACUAUUUCGAAAGACCCAGCAAUGGAGUCAGAUAGCAAACUAGAGAUUAUUAUCGACAAAAACAGUAUAUCACCUUUGACUGUACUAAAGGACCAGUAUGAUACCAAAAGACCUAUUACCAACAAUGUUAUUACUAAUACAUCAACAGACAAUUCCUUUAGCUCUCUAUCCAAGAAUAAUGCAAAUGAAGUCAAACCUGAUAGGAAAUCCCAAAUAACAUUAGCUAGUUCACAUAACCAAAACUUGUAUGAGAAAAUGAAAAGCAUGGCCCACACAGGAAUGAGUUCCCUACUCUUUUUAACAGGAAAUGAAACCCAAGAAAAAAGUGUUAAAUCAUAUUUGCAAAGUGACCUGGACGAUGAGUCAGACGAAGACGAGGAAGAAUUGUGGGGUAGGAAACUUAAUGAAAACACAUUAGAUUCCGAUACCCAAUAUGCCAUCGAGCAGAUUAAUGACACCACGACUAGUGAUGAGCCAGACAAUCAAACCAUUGAUUUUGAAGAUCUUAUGACAAAAAUAAGCGGGUUUCAAGAAAAUCUUGUCCAUAAGCUACCUUAUACAAACGUCAAACUAAGUAGGACCCAGCAACGACAAUUGGAUUAUAAGCAGUUGUAUGAGUAUGAAUCGACCGAUAAAGAAAACAGCUCCGAUUUGGUUUGUUAUGAUUGGAAAAUUCAAAAUGAAACAAUACUAUCCCAGUAUACAUCUAUUCGAUUAAGGUUUUCUUCAAAACAAACCACCAACACAAGGCAAAAUAAACAAAACGUGGAAAAUCAUAUGGGUAUACUAGGAUUCAUUGACAGAUUUAAAAAUAGUACUACUAGUAAUACAUCAACAUCCAAUUUGGAGACUUCAUUUGAUGAUGUGAAUGCAAAGUUGAACAAAGUAUGGACACAAGAGUUUAGUCACCUAUUUGUACAUAUCCCUCAACAAGAUACAAACACCGUACCUGAAGUUGAGGAUAAAAAUAUUUAUGAAGGCAAAACAGCUAAUAUGAAUAAAUUGGCAAAAGGUGUAAAACUAAACGGACUUUUGAAAAUAUGA